AUGGCCGACUUCCAGAACAUCGCUGAACAGUUCGUUCAGUUCUACUACAAGACCUUCGAUGAGAACCGCUCCGCCCUCGGUGCCCUCUACAAGGACCACUCCAUGCUCACCUUCGAGAACUCUCCCGUCCAAGGUGCCGCUGGUAUCACUGAGAAGCUCGUCGGUCUGCCUUUCGCCAAGGUCCAGCACGAGGUUUCCAGCUUGGACGCCCAGCCCUCCAACGACGCCGGUGGUAUCCUGGUUCUUGUUGCCGGAAGACUCCUUGUCGACGAGGAGCAGAGACCCAUGAGCUACACCCAGUCCUUCCAGCUCCUGCCCGACGGUGCCGGCAGCUAUUACGUCUUCAACGACAUCUUCAGACUCGUCUAUGCUGCCGCAUAA